GUGUGUGUGUGAGAGAGAGAGAGAGAGAGAGAGAGAGACUUCCUCAUUGUUUUCGAGGCUGAUGGGUGUUCCACGUCGGACUGUACACAAACGCACGAGCUCAUACGGCUCCAUGCUUUGGUGAUCAGCGCGUGCAAAUGGAGCGCACUAACUUACAGAAAGCCAUAGCGAUCGCCACCAAAGCCUCUGAGGACGACGAGGCGGGGAAUUUCGAGGAGGCCAUCAAGUCCUACCAGCAUGCUGUGAAGAUUUUUCUCCACGUCGUAAAGCGUGAGCCUCAAGGGAAAGACGGGAACCAGAAGAUCCGAGAGAAGUGCUCUCAGUACCUGGACCGUGCCGAGAAGCUGCAGGAAUAUCUGGACGAGAAACAGAAAGCUAUAGAUCUGGCCAGUAAGGCGGCACAGGAGGACAAGGCGCAGAAUUACGAGGAGGCGCUGAGGCUGUACCAGCACGCCGUUCAGUACUUCCUACACGUCAUCAAAUAUGAAGCUCAGGGGGAAAAAGCCAAACAGAGCAUCAGAGCCAAAUGUGCGGAGUAUCUGGACCGGGCGGAGAAACUGAAGGAGUAUCUAAAGAAGAAGGAGAACGCUCCGGCGAAACCCGUCAAGGAGUCACAGUCUGAUGAAAAAGGAAACGACAGCGAUGAAGGAGAAAAUCCAGAGAAGAAGAAAUUCCAGAACCAACUCUCAGGAGCCAUCGUCAUGGAGAAACCGAAUAUCCAGUGGAACGAUGUCGCCGGACUGGAAGGAGCCAAAGAGGCCCUGAAGGAAGCGGUCAUUCUGCCCAUUAAAUUCCCUCACCUCUUCACAGGUAAACGCACUCCAUGGAGAGGGAUCCUGCUGUUCGGUCCUCCUGGAACAGGAAAGUCCUACCUGGCCAAGGCCGUGGCCACCGAGGCCAACAACUCCACCUUCUUCUCCAUCUCCUCCUCAGACCUGGUGUCCAAGUGGCUGGGAGAAAGUGAGAAGCUAGUGAAGAAUCUGUUCGAACUGGCCAGAGAACACAGUCCGUCCAUCAUCUUCAUCGACGAGAUCGACUCCCUGUGCGGCUCCAGGAGCGAGAACGAGAGCGAGGCGGCUCGCAGGAUCAAGACCGAGUUCCUGGUGCAGAUGCAGGGUGUUGGAAACGACAACAAAGGAAUCCUGGUCCUUGGCGCAACCAACAUCCCAUGGACACUCGACUCCGCCAUCAGGAGACGAUUUGAGAAGCGUAUCUACAUCCCCCUGCCAGAGGAACACGCCCGUUCCUUCAUGUUUAAGCUCCACCUGGGCACCACGCCCAACAGCCUGACCGACGCCGACUUCAUCACUCUGGGCAAGAAGACCGAGGGCUACUCGGGCGCUGACAUCAGCAUCAUCGUCCGCGACGCUCUCAUGCAGCCUGUCAGGAAAGUGCAAUCUGCUACACACUUUAAACGGGUACGAGGGCCGUCCCGAGACAAUCCCGGCGUGAUCAUGGAUGACCUCCUGACCCCGUGCUCUCCUGGGGAUCCUCAGGCCGUGGAGAUGUCGUGGAUGGAGGUUCCUGGAGAUAAACUCCUGGAGCCUGUGGUUAGCAUGGCGGACAUGUUGAGAUCGCUGGCCAACACGAAGCCCACGGUGAAUGAGCAGGAUCUGGAGAAGCUGAAGAAAUUCACAGAGGAUUUCGGCCAGGAGGGUUGAGGAAGGAACCCGAAGCAGCAGAGUCCAGGAUUUGUAAAGUCUUCUCCUCGUCGUCUUUUCCACUUUUUUUUUCCCCCUCUCUGUUCUUCCUGGACUUCCUGUUGGACUGGCGAAUGGAAGGACAGAUCAGUUAAAGGCCAGUCUGGCGCCUACAUUGGGACCCGAUUUACCUUUAUGCCAUUGGUUUUCUAACAUUUAGUUGGUUUUUUUUAAAAGCGUUCCCGGUUUAUUUGGAUCCACUACAUAAAGAAAAAAGAAAGAAAAGAUUUUCUGUCGCACUAAUUUUGCUGAUGGUCAGAAAAAUCCCCAUCAUGAUAAUCUACAAACUUUAUUAUCAUCACCUGACUGCACGCUUCCAUGCACUUAGGACACUAUCUAUCCAGCGCAGAGGCAGUGAGGAGGUUCUGCAUGCUGAAUAUCACCACAUGCCUCAGUCUCAGGAGGGCUGUGUUCCAAUUCGCACAUGACGACGCUUUAAAUCUGUCCAUAGAGCUUCUCUUAUAGAGUCACGCCAUGUCGAAAACUUCCCUUAAAUAUCCCGUCUCUUCCGGAACAUUUCGGAUCACUCUGUCCCGACGAUUUGACCUUCGGCCUCCGAUUUAACGCGCCCUGAGUCGACUUCCCCUCACGACUCAGGAGAUCGCUAGUGCUAGCUUCAUUAUAGCCUUCGUUUCCAUGGUGAUUUCUGCAGGCUACCACAAGCAAGAACGAUGAAGUCCUGUGUGGACUAACUCACUAGCCACGUCGUCCAGCUAGCACACUCGUUUGUUAGCCGGGUUUGAAAGUCAUCGAUCGUGUUAGCACUUUAGCUAGCUGCUUCGUCCGCCAUCGUCACCGGAGUGGACAAUAAGAGGAGAAGUCGACUCGGGCUCUGAUGGGUGUCAUGGUCACAUGAUGGUGAUUUCAGCUCAAGUUAUAUAAAUGUUUUGUGUUCUAAUUACAGCAUUGGGAAUCUUUAAGUAGCAAAUAUCAGAAAUAUAUAUAUUAGAAAUUGAGAUUUCUUUCCAGUUCUUUUCGGUCAACGGUUAUGGGAUGUGACCAAAGUCAUGUCACGCAAAUCCAAUCUUUAUUUAAUUUUUUUUUUGACCAUCUUGCUGCAUCAAACUUGUGCCUUCAAUACAGUCUUUACAGUCAGUACUUUAAAAAAAAAAAAAAAAAAAAAAAUGAACCAAAAUUUUUGUUUGUCUGUCUCAUAAAACUCAAUAAAACAUUUAUGCACGGCAAAAACCAGAGACAGAUUUGCACAUCACUUCGUUCUCCUUCCCUCUUUAGUCGUCUGACUCUACACAGCUACACUCCUCUACACUCACGGUGUUGGGUUUACUAUAUAGCGAGCUUUACAUUUUAUCCUUCAUAGCCCCUUGUUGUUGUUUUUUGUUUCGGAGCUCUUUAAGAGGGUUUGGUGUUGCUCAUGUACUUCUUUUAUCAUACACGUGUAAAUAAAAGAUGAGAUUGAAAAGGAA